UUUGCUUCUUAACAUCGCUCACUCUCACUCUGUCCCUAUAUAUAUACCAACACAAACACAAUUCAUUCCUUCACUUCUGAAUCAUAAAAAAAUUCACUCUCUCUCUUAAGUUUCCUCUCUCAUUGCAGUGACUCUCUUCCUUCCCAUGACUCUAAUGACUCCUCCGCCAUUAGAUCGACAGCAACAGGUGGAGCCGCAGGACGAUGAGAUGCUGGUUCCUAACUCCGACGUGCCCGAAGGUCCUCAACCAAUGGAAGUCCAAGCAGAAAACAUGACUACGGUUGAUGCUCCCACAGUGGAUGACCCCCCAUCCGCGAGAUUCACGUGGACCAUUGACAAUUUUUCAAGGCUCACAAAAAAAAUUUAUUCUGACAUUUUCAGUGUUGGGGGCUACAAAUGGCGGAUACUUAUCUUUCCAAAGGGGAACAAUGUUGAUCAUAUGUCGAUGUAUGUAGAUGUUGCAGAUUCACCUAUGUUGCCUUAUGGUUGGAGUAGAUAUGCCCAGUUCAGCUUGACUGUUGUUAAUCAAAUUCAUAGUAAAUAUUCAAUCAGAAAAGAAACACAACACCAGUUCAAUGCACGUGAGAGUGAUUGGGGUUUCACUAAUUUCAUGCCGCUUGCUGAAUUAUAUGAUCCUACUAGAGGUUAUCUUGUGAACGAUACAUGUGUUGUUGAGGCUGAUGUUGCUGUGCGUAAAGAUCUUGAUUACUGGGCACAUGACUCAAAAAAGGAAACUGGUUAUGUUGGACUGAAAAACCAAGGAGCUACUUGUUACAUGAAUUCUCUGCUUCAGACAUUGUAUCACAUUCCUUAUUUUCGAAAGGCCGUGUACCAUAUGCCUACAACAGAAAAUGAUAUGCCAUCAGGAAGCAUCCCUCUAGCAUUACAGAGUUUGUUUUACAAAUUGCAGUAUAGUGACACUAGUGUAGCAACGAAAGAGUUAACCAAGUCUUUUGGAUGGGAUACAUAUGAUUCAUUCAUGCAGCAUGAUGUUCAAGAACUUAAUAGGGUUCUUUGUGAAAAACUGGAAGACAAAAUGAAGGGAACUGUUGUGGAAGGCACUAUACAGCAGUUGUUUGAAGGCCACCAUAUGAACUAUAUUGAAUGUAUAGGUGUGGAUUAUAAAUCAACAAGAAAAGAAUCAUUUUAUGAUCUUCAGCUUGAUGUGAAAGGUUGUAAGGAUGUGUAUGCUUCUUUCGAUAAGUAUGUGGAAGUGGAACGGCUUGAGGGGGAUAACAAGUAUCAGGCAGAGAAUUAUGGUUUACAGGAUGCUAGGAAGGGUGUAUUAUUCAUUGAUUUCCCACCUGUCCUUCAGCUUCAAUUAAAACGUUUCGAGUAUGAUUUUAUGCGAGACACCAUGGUAAAGAUCAAUGACCGCUAUGAGUUCCCCUUGCAAUUAGAUCUUGAUAGGGAUAAUGGCAAGUAUCUAUCUCCAGAAGCAGACAGAAGUAUUCGCAAUCUUUAUACACUUCACAGUGUUUUGGUUCACAGUGGUGGGGUGCAUGGUGGACACUACUAUGCUUACAUUACACCAACUCUGUCAAAUCAGUGGUUUAAAUUUGACGAUGAACGAGUCACAAAAGAAGAUACAAAGAGGGCUUUAGAAGAACAAUUUGGUGGUGAAGAAGAGUUACCUCAUACAAAUCCUGGGUUCAACAACUCUCCUUUCAAAUUUACAAAGUACUCAAAUGCAUAUAUGCUUGUCUAUAUUCGUGAUAGUGACAAGGAUAAAGUAAUCUGUAAUGUUGAUGAGAAGGACAUUGCUGAACACCUCAGAAUAAGAUUAAAGAAAGAACAAGAAGAAAAAGAGCUGAAGAGAAAGGAGAAGGCUGAGGCUCACUUGUACACCAUCAUAAAGGUUGCCCGUGAUGAUGAUAUGCAUGAACAAAUUGGAAAUGAUAUAUUCUUUGAUCUUGUGGAUCAUGAUAAAGUUCGAUGUUUUCGUAUUCAAAAACAAAUGCCUUUUAUCCUUUUCAAGGAAGAAGUUGCUAAGGAGUUCGGUAUACCUGUCCAGUGCCAACGUUUUUGGUUGUGGGCUAAGCGUCAAAACCACACAUAUAGGCCAAAUAGACCACUGACCUCUCAGGAAGAAGCACAAUCAGUUGGACAAGUAAGAGAAGUUUCCCAUAAGGUAAAUCCUGCGGAGCUGAAGUUAUUUUUGGAACUGGAAAUGGGGCAGGAUUUGCGGCCUAUUCCUCCUCCUAUGAAGUCAAAAGAGGAGCUCGUACUUUUCUUUAAACUAUAUGAACCUUCCAAUGAGAAGCUGCGGUAUGCUGGACGGCUUUUUGUGAUGGGGAGUGGGAAGCCAGUAGAUAUAUUGACAAAGCUAAAUGAAAUGGCUGGAUAUGCUCCUGAUGAAGAAAUACAACUAUUUGAGGAAAUAAAAUUUGAACCUCAUGUCAUGUGUGAACAAGUUGACAAGAACUCAACGUUCCGUGGCAAUCAGCUUGAGGAUGGUGAUAUUAUUUGCUUCCAGAAGCCCCCCAAAACUAGAAGUGGAGAGCAAUAUCGCUAUCCAGAUGUUCCUUCUUUCUUGGAAUAUGUUCAUAACCGUCAGGUUGUUCGUUUUAGGUUUUUGGAGAAACCAAAGGAGGAUGAAUUCAGUCUUGAGCUGUCAAAGCUUCAUGCCUAUGACGAUGUUGUUGAAAGAGUUGCUCAACAUCUUGGUUUGGAAGAUCCUUCCAAAAUCAGACUCACAUCUCAUAACUGCUACUCUCAGCAACCUAAACCACAGCCUAUCAAGUACCGAGGAAUGGAACAUUUAUCUGACAUGCUGAUUCACUACAAUCAGACUUCUGACAUUCUAUACUAUGAAGUAUUGGAUAUUCCUCUGCCAGAAUUGCAAUGCCUAAAAACUCUUAAAAUUGCUUUCCAUCAUGCUACCAAGGAUGAAGUGGUGAUUCAUACUAUUAGAUUACCAAAACAUAGUACUGUGGCAGAUGUAAUUGAUGAUCUUAAGUCAAAGGUAGAUUUAUCACAUCCUGAUGCAGAACUUAGAUUGCUUGAAGUUUUCUAUCACAAGAUCUACAAGAUUUUCCCUAUCAGUGAAAGGAUUGAUAAUAUUAAUGAUCAAUAUUGGACUCUUCGAGCAGAGGAGAUUCCUGAAGAAGAGAAAAACCUUGGCCCUCAUGAUCGGUUGAUCCAUGUUUAUCAUUUUUUGAGAGACAUUAUAAAUCAGCAAGUUCAGAAUUUCGGAGAUCCUUUCUUAUUGGUUAUUCAUGAGAGUGAGACAUUAGCCGAAGUCAAAUUGCGAAUACAGAAAAAGUUGCAAGUUCCAGAUGAGGAGUUUUCAAAGUGGAAGUUUGCAUUUUUGUCACUUAAUCGUCCUGAAUACCUUCAAGAUUCAGAUAUUGUUUCCACUCGGUUUCAGAGAAGAGAUAUCUAUGGUGCAUGGGAGCAAUAUCUCGGGCUGGAACACGCUGACAACGCUCCUAAAAGGUCCUACACUGCCACUCAGUAUCGUCACUCAUAUGAGAAGCCAGUAAGAAUCUACAACUAGUAAAACAUGUACAUCUCGAUCCGUCAAUUUUACAGGACCAUAUGCCAGCUGCACUUGAAGCUUUCUGAAGGUUACAAGAAGCAUGGAGAAGCUGUUAAUCUUCUCCAGGAUUGUCUGUCAAAAUCCAUAAUUUUUUUUGAGGGGAUGGCGGUGGGUAUAGGUUGAACAGGGAUUUGAACACAUUUUGUCUUUGAGCAACCAAAUCUUCGGCGGGUUAGGAGGUUGAGUUUUAAGUUUCCCUUGUCAUUUGGUACAUAAGAUUUUUGGGUUGGGUUCUGUAUAAAAGGUAUAGGACUAUAGGUAUAGUUCACUGUUUUCUAUGGCCCGGUUCACCCGUUGUGGGUUUUUUAUCUGAUUCAGAUGGAGAUGCUUCGAGAGGAUGGGGGAAAUGUGUAUAAUGUUUCUGCAGGGGCUAACAUGUAAAUUUUCCUUGUGCCUUUUUCACCUUAAUUUUUGUUACCAUACUGAUUUGUGUUGAAGGAAAACAUUACUUUUCGCUCUUCACCUUGUGUAGUAGGGUCUUGCCUUUUGCGACUUCCGUUUUUUCUAUCCGCACCUCCAUAAAUAUUUUUUAUAAUUUGUUUCCAAUGAUAUCCUCAAUUAUCCUU